AUGCGUUCCCUACUCCUCACACUCGCUCUCCUCACACCCCUCUAUGCCCUCCCGGCACCAGCCCCUCAGCCCUCACCACCAAACAUCCCCAGCCCCACAGUCGCCAAAUCCGAGCUCGCAAGCCUGAAGGUCGCGGCCCAGGGACCCCAAACUGGGUAUAGCCGUGAUCUUUUCCCUCACUGGAUCACUAUCUCAGGGGAAUGCAAUACACGUGAGGAAGUCCUCAAACGGGAUGGCACCAAGGUAGUCACAGACUCGAAAUGCGCCUCCACGAGUGGAAGCUGGUACUCGCCCUAUGACGGCGCAACCUGGACCGCUGCAUCUGAUGUAGAUAUCGACCAUAUGGUGCCGCUCAGCAAUGCCUGGAAGUCGGGAGCGGCAGCGUGGACGACAGCUCAGAGGCAGGCGUUUGCGAAUGAUUUGAAAAAUCCCCAGCUGUUGGCUGUGACGGAUAACGUUAAUCAGAGCAAGGGGGACAAAGGACCAGAAGAUUGGAAACCUUCUUUACAAUCAUAUUGGUGCACUUAUGCCUCGAUGUGGGUUAAGGUUAAGAAUACGUACUCUCUCACCAUUACAAGUGCGGAGAAGACGGCUCUUGUGACAAUGUUGAAUACCUGUUGA